UCUCCUAGCACAUUUGCAGCCAUGAAAAUCUUGAAAACAUUUCUUUUUAUUUUUGCUAUACUUGGUUGUUUUUCAUGGCCUAGUAUGCAGAGCGAAAUGGAGACGUACAUAGUUCAAGUCGAAUCACCAGAAAGUCAAAUUUCCACUCACUCGUCGAGAAUGGAGUUGGAAAGCUGGUACAAUUCUUUCUUGCCAAAGACAAUAGCAACUGCUGGCUUAGAUGAAAAGCCGCACUUGAUAUAUUCAUAUCACAACGUGAUGAUAGGCUUUGCAGCAAGAUUGUCAGCAGAACAAGUGAAGGAAAUGGAGAAGAAACCUGGCUUUAUAUCUGCGUGGCCACAGAGGAUAUUGUUUCUACACACUACGCAUUCUCCGAGUUUUCUUGGAUUGCAACAAAACAUUGGCUUGUGGGGGGACGCCAACUAUGGGAAAGGUGUGAUCAUUGGAGUCUUGGACACCGGGAUUUCGCCUGACCAUCCUUCAUUUAGCGACAAAGGCAUGCCUCCUCCGCCUGCUAAAUGGAAGGGCAAGUGUGAAUCUAACUUCACUACAAAGUGUAACAACAAGCUCAUUGGUGCGAGGACUUUCCCAACAAGCAGUGAAUCGCCGGUAGAUGAUAAUGGACAUGGCACACACACCGCCAGCACGGUUGCAGGAAGUUUUGUAAAAGGUGCCAAUGUGUAUGGAAAUGCUAAUGGAACUGCAGUUGGGAUUGCCCCUCUUGCUCACCUGGCCAUUUAUAAGGUCUGUGAUUCAUUUGGUUGUUCCGACAGUGACAUUCUAGCUGCCAUGGAUGCAGCUAUUGAUGAUGGGGUCGAUAUCCUAUCCCUUUCCCUUGGUGGAAGUAGCAAGGCAUUCUACAAUGAUCCAAUUGCACUCGGGGCGUAUAGUGCAACACAAAGAGGUAUUCUUGUAAGUUGCUCUGCAGGUAAUAAUGGUCCAUACGAUAGCACCUUAUCAAAUGAAGCUCCGUGGAUUCUUACAGUAGGUGCAAGCACUCUUGACAGGAAACUCAAGGCCACUGUUAAGAUCGGAAACCAAAAAGUAUACGAGGGAGAAUCAGCAUUUCAUCCAAAGGGUCACAAUUCAACAUUUUUCCCUUUGUUUGAUCCUGCAUCCCCUGCACGGAAUGCAACCGACUUUGACAGCCCUUAUUGCGGAACGGGUUCACUGAAUGACCCUGAAAUUAAAGGCAAAAUUGUUAUGUGCAUGGCAGGUGGUGGUUAUUCCAAUAUUGAAAAAGGACAAGCUGUAAAGGAUGCCGGAGGCUUUGGCAUGAUUCUCUUUAAUUUCCCUGAUUAUGGUUUUACUAACUUUGCCGAUCCUCACGUCCUUCCAGCUCUGUAUAUUACUUACAAAGAUGGAAUGGAAAUUCUUGACUACAUGAACUCAACAUCAAAACCAAUUGCAAGAAUUGCAUUCCAAGGAACAAUAAUCGGUGAUAAAGAUGCUCCGGUGGUUGCUGCAUUCUCAGCUCGUGGACCAAGCUUAGCUAGUCCGGGAAUCUUGAAGCCCGAUAUUAUUGGUCCCGGUGUUAACAUUCUUGCUGCUUGGCCUACCUCAGUUGACAACAAAGCAAACACAAACUCUACCUUCAACAUUAUAUCGGGUACCUCCAUGUCUUGUCCUCACCUCAGUGGGAUAGCAGCAUUAUUGAAAAGCGCGCAUCCCACUUGGUCCCCUGCAGCUAUUAAAUCAGCAAUCAUGACAACCGCUAAAACAGUGAACCUCGCCAACGAUCCCAUCUUAGAUGAGCGGCUCCUUCCGGCUAACAUCUUUGCUGUUGGUUCAGGACAUGUCAAUCCAUCAAAAGCCAAUGAUCCAGGGCUAAUCUACGAUACCCAAUUUAAGGACUACUUGCCUUACUUGUGUGGUUUGAAUUACACAAAUCGACAGGUGGGAAACCUCCUGCAACGCAAAGUGGACUGUAAGGAAGUGAAACGUAUUCCUGAAGCACAACUAAAUUAUCCUUCAUUCUCCAUCACACUCGGAGAAAAUUCUCAGACAUAUACGAGAACAGUGACUAACGUUGGGGAUGCUAAAUCAUCUUACUGUGUGGAAAUUACAUCACCGCCGGGAGUUUCCGUGACUGUUAAGCCCACGACUCUCAAAUUCUCAAAGUUGAACCAGAAGUUGAAAUACCAAGUGACGUUUUCAAGAAGAGUUAAUAGCCCAAACGGUGGUGUUGUUCAAGGAUUCUUGAAAUGGACUAGUAAUAAGUACUGUGUAAGAAGUCCAAUUGCGGUUGUGCUAGACUCUACAAUUGGUUUCUAGUUUUAUUUUUCUUCUCAUUUUAGUAAUUCGACCAAUGUAUAACAAGCCUAUAUUAGUGGUUUCAAUAGAAACUGUUGAAUAACAUGUGACAAAAGUAUUCACUCUA